AUGGGGCGGCUGAUUUUGUUCCUUAUCGUCCUUGUGCUGGUGGCAAUAUCCCUUCCCGCCGUGGCAGCCGAUUUCGUUACCAUUACGGACGACGUGACGGAUGAAGUCGUUCUGCUUACACCGAAGAAGAUGCACUCCAGAGUUGCAGUUCAGACUAUUCCUGGAUUUUGGCCGCAUGGUGGCCAUCGCGACGAAGAUGCCUCGUUCUUUGAUGAGGAGGACACUGCAUAUGAGCAAUGGCUCAUUGAUAAAAAACACAAACAACAACAAAAACAACAGCAGAGGCAGGAGGCGGAGGGAGAGAGAAGGCAGGGGAGUGCUGCCGGCAGGUCGCGGCGAAGCUCUCUUGGGGACUUCUCUCAGGCCUCCAUAAAGGCUCGCGCGGACGCAAGGCGCAAGCGUCUCAGGGAGCUGAACAACUACACUAAUUUGAAACCAAUGUGGGAUAUCAUCUACUCAGAUGCAGAUCAUGUACGAGAGCUAUUAACUGAAUCUUUCUUGUUCUCUCCCAACGUGACGACGGAGAGGACUUCGGAGGGGCAGUACCUUAGCCUCUUGAGGGAUGCCUUUAGCCACACAGUGCGCAAUAUGACAACAGAGAAGGGCCGCACGUGGGUCACGGAAUUCAUCUUUGCCCUGCCAUAUCCGAUGUUGCUUGAAGGUGAGGCAGUGGAGCGUCUGGAACGUGAGAUGCGAAGCAUUCAGGAGGACUUGCGCCGUGUAGAGGUAGUGUGGCGCUCGCGGAAUGUAACAAUGGGUGCGAACGAGAAUAACAACGACACUGACACUCUCAGCAGGAAUAAGGGCCCAAGCACCAACACCACUGCGACAGAGAUUCGGGAGGCUCUUCGUGAGGCGGAGAUGGUGCUCAGCAGCAGUCGUCGGGCUCAUCAGAUGGUUCUCGCGCUUGCGGCACCCAUGUUGCCGCACAUUCGCGAUAAAAUUGCCGUUAGGCUGCAGGAGGUAGAGGCCAAGAUAGUCUCCAACGAUGAAUCCACUGCAGUCUUGCGUCAAGAGUUGAAAACAUUGACAAAGGCCAAGAAGAGCCUCAAGACCACAAAGGAGCAGAUUGCAAAGGUUGACCGUCAAUUACGUAAGGCUGUGUAUAGCAACACUUUGCUGCCAAAGGACGCGUUCAUCACGGCCCUUGCCCUCAUUGCGCGAGUGCGCCUAGGACGGUACACUGGCUUGGAAGGAGUUGAUUCAAUACAGGAAGGGGAAUUAUCGGCAGCACUUACCGGUGCCUUGGGGACGGAGCUGAAGCACGUGCUCUGUUACCCGCUUGGGAUGGGUAUUCUGGUGGCGGCCGCUGUUAGUUGGGUGCUGUUGGCGGCACGUGAGUACUGGCUGAAGCGUGUGCGGCGCUCUGUGACUCAGCGAGGUGAUACCUCAGGUGAAAGCAGCCCUCACCGCCAGGGCGGUUCUUUUGUACGUCUUGGUCUCCGUCUCAAUCUACUGAUGGAGGCUGUCAUGCCGCUGUUCAUUCCUGCUGUAAUCUUGUUCCGCACCUUUGACAGUACAAGCAGGGAGGCUUCGGCGUAUUCCAUAUUAUUAUUUGCUCAACCCUCACAGCGUUUCGCAUUGGUGGGAGUCGUGCUGGCGCUCCUCCUCGUAAGCGUCAGUAUCUCUUCAUUAUUGAGCAGACUGUUCUUUUACUCAUCGAAGCAGCAACUACAGCGGAAGAAGAGGUCUUGA